AACUGUUCCGCGGCCAUGGCGCAGUGCAGUGUUACUACUUUACUUGUUAUAAUACCGUCAAUGCUGUCGUUGUUCAAAACAAGCUUGUUACGCAUGCCGUGGUCCAAAUGUUGCUUUAAAAGCGACCCGAGUCAUGAGGUUCGUUACCAGUCAGCCUUUCUCCAAGUCAACCCAGCCAAAAAACCCAAGUUACGCAGCAGAUCUGAAAAGAUGGCCCGCAUGAUUUUUGUCGUUGCCCUAUUGGCCGCUGUGGCCGUGCCGAACACUGAGGCCUGGUACUGUGCUGGGAACGUAUUGAUGUGCUCCAUUAUGGAACAGUCGAUUACGAAGACCUGUCCAUCUCCUAACCCUUGUGGUGCAACCACAACCACGGCCGCAACUACAGCAGCGACCACUGCCGCAACUACAGCUGCGACGACUGCGGCGACAACCGCUGCGACAACUGCCGCGACUACCGCUGCGACUACGGCUGCGACGACUGCUGCAACCACCGCCGCGACAACCGCUGCUACUACCGCCGCAACAACCGCAGCAACAACUGCCGCUACUACCGCCGCGACUACUGCUGGAACUACUGCCGCUACCACCGCCGGCACAACUGUUGCCCCUGCAACUCUGAAAUGGUGUUACCUCGGUGACUUCCUCAUGGCGGGAUCCAACUGCAAUGCCAUUGGAACCUCACCCCUCUCGUUCACAUCAUGGACAAACAUGCUGGUCAAUGCUGUCGCUGGUGGCACUCCAGUCAACAUCAACAUUGGCUGGACCACACUUGGGGCUCUUCUUCUUGGAUAGAUUUUUACUAAACAUGUCUAUGUUACUUUAUCUGUUUAUCAAUCUAUCUAUCUCUUCCUCUGUCUUUGUUAAAUUUGAAAUAUGUUCUAUCCAAAUUGAUCCUUUCCUUUUCAAUGAAUAAAUGAUUAUUCCAUCGCAAGUUAAAAUUUAAA